AUGAUUAACCAUAUCGAAGAAAAUGGAAGUAUUACAUUAGAUGAAUUCACCCAAUCAAUCAUUUCUCAAAAAAUCUUCAACAUUGAUGAGAACGAAGUACUCACAAAAUUGGCAAGCGCCAUAAAGGACAAAUUUUCAAAUCUUUAUGAUAAUACAUACCUAAAUAUUUUUGAUCGCUCUGCGUUAUCUGACUGUACCUAUAAAUCGCACCUCAAUUUGCUAUUUUCUGUUGAUGCUAACGAAAAUGAAAGGCUCUCUUCCUUUAAAUCGGCUCCCGGAUCGCGACAACCCAGUACUAUCCUAAAUUGGUUCAAAAGGGACACUUCUAAGUAUGAAACAAGUGAAAAGAAAGUGGAUAUACAAGAAUGUGUAAAUGAUCAAUCUGAUGAAGAACACUCCAAAAAAUUAGUACCGAUAGAUAUAGACGAAUUUGGAACUCUAGUAAUAUCUGCAGAUAUGAUAUCCUUUUCGUCUGAUUCUGAUGCUGAUACUGAUUUCGAGAUUGUCGACUUGAACACCAUAAGCGGAACAUCUAUCCCUGUUAGAGAGUUUGACUGUUUAGGAGAGGAUGAUGAUACGUUUUUAGAAACAGCAUCAGUUAACAAUUGUUCAACAGGGGAUAAUUUGAGUUCGGAUGGGAGUAAAUGCUCUGAUUUAGAAAGUGUUAUGGCCGACAUUCCCCAAGACCCUGAUUCUGAUGAUAUUCAGCCCAUUUCAGCCAACUUAGAAGAUUGCAUUCAUGAGCCUCCAAAACCUCCAUACUCCAAAUAUAAUUUGGGAAACAAUGUGUUCGUGUUUUACGGCAACUCAAACAAUUUUAUCGGGUCUUACUGGGUUCUAACAAAGGUUUUCGACUGUGACUUUAAGACCCUAUUUGCUACACAGAAUAAUUUGGGAAAUGAAUCUAUUGUUAUAUAUAACAGGAAGGUUCAGCACUUUGACUGCAAAAUUCUCCAGGAAUUGCUAACUAAUGAAGUGCUGAGUCUGGUUAAAUUAAAGGAGUUGCUCCUCACUAGACACAAUAAAGUAACUAUUUUGGAGAAUUUUGAAUAUUUAUCAGGAAAUUGGCAGGUUUUUAUGAAUAAAUGGUUCGACAGUAUGCACGAAAAGGUGUUUAUUUUACUAUGUAACAGGUUAAACAAACUUGAUUCUAGAAUAAAGUCCUUUUCUCUAAUGUUUAGAAUUGGGGGUUUGGAUAAACACAAAUUCAUAGACUACAUCCACAGGAUGAGUAUGAAAAACGCAAAUAAUAAUAUUAAAGGGUGUUUAUCCCGACUUAAUGUAACUGAAAUUGUAAACAGGGUUGAUUUUGACAUUAUAAUGACCUACAACACAGUAAUCGAAGCUCAGAAAAACUAUAUGAAUGCCAUAAGAAAGCAUAAGAUUCCAUACGGCCACAAAUUACUCAGGAAUCUGGUGCACAUAAUACUCCGGGCCAAAACAUCUGAACAAAUUGACUCGACCAUAAAUAAUCUGAUUUCAGACAUAUUUUUAGACUACGGACCUUAUAAACUGGAUGUUAUGUUAUACGACUUCUACACCAGGCUCAUUGAGAUGGGGAAUCAUGAACUGGUUCCCCUUAAAUUUGGUAUAAAUCACUUACUAUCCAAGGUAAACUCCUAUAAUAUUCAUGUUUACCUAUUUUACAGCAUUUUUGACCAACACAUCUACUUUAUUUUAUCAUUUCAUUAA